AUGAGGACAAGGCUAGACUUAGGUUGUCUUAUUUACAAAUAUAGAAUAAUAGUGCCGCCCUCCUUACGUGAAAAAUUACUAAGAGAAAUUAACGAAAGUCAUUUGGGUAUUAAUAAAAUAAAAAAAUUGUCGCGAAAUUAUGUAUACUGGCCAAGUCUAGAUAAAGAUAUCGAAAAUUUAUGUCGUAACUGUGACGCGUGUCGUAUAGUUCGCGAUGCUCCACCUAAAGCUAUUUUACACCCGUGGGAAUUUCCUCUGCACCCUUGGCAGCGAAUUCACGCGGAUUUUGCUGAAUAUGCGGGAAAAAAAUAUUUUAUAAUGAUUGAUGCACACUCGAAGUGGAUCGAAGUAUUUAUUAUGAGCCGCACUGACGCCGAAGCGACAAUAGCUGUGUUACGUACGACUUUUGCUAGAUUCGGACAUCCAUUGCAACUUGUUACGGAUAAUGGUCCCCCGUUUGCUUCCUUAGACUUUAACAAUUACUGUCUUGCUAAUUGUAUUAAACAUGUAUCGACGGCACCAUAUAGAUCUCAGGUGGCUUUACUAGGGCAUCGGUUGCGUGGACGUCUCGACGCGAUUCGCCCUGAUCGAGCUGUAAUAGCCCGGGAAGCACAAAAUCGCCAAGCUCCACUUGGCGAUUUUGUGCUUAAGAAAGGCUCAAAUAGGUUAAUAGAAGUAGGAGACACCGUAUUAGCUCGUGACUAUAGAACAAGAAGCAAUAAAUGGUCAGAAGGGGUUGUUACGGACAAAACUGGACCUUCGUCGUAUAAAGUUGAUGUGGGAGAGGGAUUAAAGUGGCGUCGACAUCAAGACCAAAUAAUCAACGUUGAUAAUAAAAAUCGAUAUUCCCUCGCGCGUACGAGUUUGCCAAGUUCGGAAGUCGAAGGAAACAACUAUAACGAGAACAAAGAUAUAGUUACAUAUGAUGCCGACGAUACA